AUGCCUCGUCUCUCUGGGAGUGGUGUCGCUGUGGAGCAGCCCAGUAUUAGCCCACGCGAAAACGCGUUUCAAGUCAUCAUACUGCCCAGGGUCGAUGUUUCGCCCCCAGGCGCACCCCAAUAUCUCCACCUUUGGCUAUUCAGAGGCUGGACCCCAACAGGACCCAUUGUUUUACGGGCACUCAAAUAUGGUUCGUCAGGUGGGCCAUGCGAAGACAAUGUUACAGGCCUACUCGUCCGGUCCAUAAACACGAACUGGACCAAGAACUCCGCCGUCGCUGUCGAUGCCGGGAUAUUGAUGUCCGGCAUUUGCCGGAUACUCGAGAACCAGACGACUGAUAAAGAGUGUAAAGAAUCGCAGACUAAAGAACCCUUUUCCUCAGAAGCGCCUUUUGUCGGCUUGGAACUUCCCAAUAAAACAAGUCGCGCGAACGCUGCGUAUAUAUUCCGCGAAAUAAUUUCCUCCGUCCUCAUUACUCACCCUCAUCUUGACCAUGUCGCUGGACUGGCUAUGAAUACUCCCGCUGUCGAGUUCCAAUCUGGGCCGAAAACGGUUGCCGCCCUCCCUUCGGUUAUUGCAGCACUGAAACACAAUAUAUUCAAUGAUAUUACGUGGCCAAAUCUUUCAGAUGAAGAUGGGGGAGCAGGUCUGGUAACUUACCAACGUCUCGUAGAUGGUGGGAAUAUGCGAUUGGGUCGUGGAGAAGGCAAAGGGUAUGUUAAGGUCUGUGAUGGCUUAGCAACCAAAUGCAUGGCUGUCAGCCAUGGUUCAUGUAAACAACGAUAUAACCCUGAUACUGGGAAACACCAUCGAGCAGAAAGUGCGGUUUUUGCUGCAGAUUCAAUUUUACUUCCAUCUCGGCGAGUCUCCAUGGAUACUUCGGACCUUAGAACUUCAUUCCCUACAGCUCAUCUAUCUGGAAACAGUGGGAAAGACCCAACCCUAGCCACAGUAGAGAGUUCGGUUUUUUUUAUUCGAGAUGAAAGUACGGGAUCCGAAAUUAUCAUCUUUGGAGACGUUGAACCAGAUUUGAUUUCAUUAGAGCCCCGGAAUGCGGGUAUUUGGGAAGCUGCCGCUCCUAAAAUUGUCAACGGUAUACUUCGGGCAAUCUUUAUUGAGUGUUCGUAUCCAAAUUCGGUCGAGGAUAGUACUCUAUACGGACAUCUUUGCCCUCGACAUUUGAUACAAGAACUACGUGUGCUAGCAAGUAAAGUGCGAAGUUACCGCAGGAUGCAACACAGAACAUCUGAGUCCCGAAAACGUAAACGUCGAGCAUCUGUUCCGGGCUUUCCUGCCCAGCCACUUGAACAAGCUUUAAGUCCUAAAUCAUUACGACCCAAACUUGAGCCCCCAAUGUCUAGAGAAGAUAAAUUACUAGGAACUGCUAAGUCCAAACAAGAAGAUAGUGAUGCUAACAUCGAUGAUACAAAGGCACCGCCGGAUUCUUCUGCUCCUAAUGAAAUGGAUGUUGACCAGCCCACUCCUUCAGAGCCCGAAGCUCCACCACUACGAGGGCUUCGGGUCUAUAUCAUUCAUGUCAAAGAAUCUCUUGCGGAUUCUGAAUUCCCGAGAGAUGAAAUACUAUCAGAGCUGAAAGAAGCCGCAGAAAAGGCCGCGUUAGGCUGCGAGUUUUAUGGCCCUGUUGCUGGAGAAUCGACAUAUAUUUAA